CUCCUCCAUACCUGUAUACCAGGUGUACACACUCGUUCCAUACCAUACCGUACCAUACCACACCGUCCUGGGGUGACCCUCCUACCCAUCUUCACGUCGUCACAUACCACUCUCCUACACACUCUCCUCCUCAUUGAGACGCGUCCAGACACGCGAACGCGAACCAGUCGCAACGAGAAUCGUCAACAUGAGCAGCUACCGCGUUGAGGUCGCUGUCAGCGGCCGUGCAGGCUGCUCGAAUACCGCGUGCAAGAACAAGGAGAGCAAGAUUGCCAAAGGCGAACUGCGUCAAGGAGUUCUGGUGACGAUCCACGAGCACCAGAGCUGGAAGUGGCGUCACUGGGGAUGCGUGACGCCCACUGUCUUGCACAACUGGUGGGAGACCGCCAAUGAAGACCUCGAGCUCGUCGACGGCUAUGAGGAGCUGCCAGAUGACGCCAAGGAGAAGGUGAAGACCGCACUGGAGGAAUGUCAUGUCGACGAUGACGAUUGGAACGGCGACGUGGAGAUGAACCGCUACAAUCCGAAUAACCCCAAACAGGGCAUGUUUAUCUCCAAGGCAGAGCAGAAGAGAAGAGACAAGGCAAAUGAGGACGCUGAGGAGGAGAAGCCCUCCAAGAAGCGUUCCCGUAAGCAGGAAGAAAAUGAAGAUGAAGACGAAGCCGAUGAGAAGCCUGCGCCCAAAAAGUCUCGCGCCAAGAAGGCCAGUGCCGCAGACGAUGAGGCUGUGCCGGUGAAGAAGACGACCAGAAAGAAGGCACCAGCCAAAGAGGUCAAAUCAGAAGACUCCGCCGAGGACUCUGCCAAACCAUCCCCACCGAAGAAGACUACCAAGAAGAAGGCCGCCGCCGCCGCCAAGCAGGUCAAGGCUGAAGACUCGGGCGUAGACGAUGUCGAGGCAGCUGCACCCAAGAAGUCCAGAGGUAGAAAGCCCAAGUCUGCUGCAAAGGCCGAGCCAUCGAGCGACGUGCGUGAUGAUUCUGCCGAGGAGCCCGAGCCUGUGCCCAAGAAGAAGACUGCUGCGAAGCCACGCAAGGCCAAAGCUGCUGCGCAGGUCGAGCCAUCCAGCGACGCUGGCGAAGGUUCUGCCGACGAGCCCGAGCCUGUGCCCAAGAAGAAAGCUGCUGCAAAGCCACGCAAGGCCAAAUCUGCUGCGCAGGUCGAGCCAUCCAGCGACGCUGGCGAAGAUCCUGCCGACGAGCCCGAGCCUGCGCCCAAGAAGAAAGCUGCUGUGAAGGCACGCAAGGGCAAGGCCAAGAAGGCUGCUAGUGAAGACGCCUGAGCUCACUGCGUUGCCGUUCUCGUCUUGCAGGCGAUUGCUCCCUUCCAUGAUGUGGAAGCAGGAACCGGCUCAAUUCUUUUUGUUCGACCAUCGAGACUGUGCUCGUCCUUUGCGCUAUGCUCGCCACACCAUUGCGCUAAAGGCUCUGCGUCGUUCGCUAUACAUCCAUCGAGCUUGCAUCGGGCACGUCAUGUCCGGUCCUACUGCAAAUCUUUAUUCAGCCAGCAUGCUACGCAGAGAUUCUGUGCUUUGCGGCUCAAUGCCAUGAUACCCUUUUUAUACUGUACAAAUUCCGGGCCCUCGCAGCAACGGGCGUUGCGUGCAAUGCUCAGGCAUACUCAUGACACCAGCCUCUUGACAGCAAGCACAAUCAACGCAACAAUGGCGUUGUCAUAACUACGUACUGGGCGGCUCAGGAGUACGAAUCAUAUUAUAGUCGACACGCCACGAAAACAACACGACACUGAAAACGUUAGUGCUUGCAUUGAGUUCCAGAUCUAUGAGAUGGUUCUGUAGAAGGAUCUCGCUAGAAUCGAUAGAGGCACGCUACUUGCACUAUCAAACUCUGGUCUUCUGCACUAGUCUAGUUUAAUCAAGUCAUUGACGCUUCGU